UCUACUUAAGUGGGUUGAUUAAAAUGCAAUCCUUUUAUCAGGGGAUAUAUGAGACAAAGGUGCCAUUGGAGUUUAAUGCUAUACUCCAGAUUGGUUGUGUAUGUAAGGUGGACAAAACAGCUAAGAAACGAAAUGUUCAGGAUGGCUGGAGUCUGAGUGAACUUCACAUGAAAACUACAACAGAAUGUUCUUAUCUGGAACAAUCUAUCUCUUUCUUUUACUUGUAUCACAGCAUCUCUGAAGGCCGAGCUAUCUAUAUUGGGUAUUUUCCUGCAUCAAGAACAAUAUCUGUUUUGGUGGUUAAUCCUUAUCAAAAUAAAGAUUUAUCACCGUCAUUUCUUGAGAAACAAUUCCGUGAAGCUUGCCAAGCUGUUUCUGUUGAACCACCUCCUCCCAGUAAUGGUGUCAUUGUCAAGGUGGAUUAUGUUGGCUAUGUCAAGGAUGCUGAAAAGAUUUUGCAAAGAGCAAUAAAUGAGCACAAACAUGAACAUCAUGGGCCUACAAUUGCUGUUAUUGAAUGCCCAAAUGCUCAAUCAAUGAAGUUAGGCAUACGAGCUCUAGAUGAUUUCCCAUGUGUGAACAUUCCUUCCAAUGCUCGUGAUAGUCACUAUCAGGUUCUUGGGUGGCAACAAGUGGCUGCAAAAAUUGGAAUGCAACGGUGUGCAGCAUCCUCCCUGUGGUUGAAUGAGAGAAUCUCUCUCUCAAGAUAUGCCCAUGUACCAGUAGGGAAUUUUGAACUUGACUGGCUCAUUUUUACAGCAGAUAUCUUCUUUUCAAGAGCAUUACGUGAGCAGCAACAGUUACUUUGGAUAUCUGAUGAUGGUGUUCCAGAUCUGGGAGGCAUUAAUGAAGAAGAUACCUGUUUUGCUGAUGAAGUCCAUCAACCAGUCCUUACAUAUCCUGGCGCAUAUAGAAAAAUAACUGUGGAGCUAAAGAUUCAUCACCUAGCUGUAAAUGGUCUUUUGAAAAGCAACCAAGUGAAUGAAAUGGAAGGUGGUGCUUUGUUUGGAUAUGACCAGGAGAUGAAUUCUGGAGCACAUGUUCUAAAUGAACAGGGUGGCAUUGAUGAGGAUACCUCAUGUGCACCUGCAUUCCGUGUUCUGAAACAAUUGAUCCAAAGGUGCCUUGCUGAUGCAGUCACAUUUGGAAAUGUAUACGCUGAUGCAAUAUUGCAACAUCUAUAUCGAUGGCUCUGCAGUCCACAAUCAAAACUUCAUGACCCAGCUCUUCACCGCAUACUUCACAAGGUGAUGGUAAAGGUGUUUGCACUAUUGUUGGCAGAGUUUCGGAAAUUGGGUGCCACAAUUGUUUUUGCAAACUUCUCGAAGGUUAUUAUAGACACAGGCAAAUUUGAUCUCUCUGCUGCCAAAGCUUACUGUGAUAGCUUGCUUAAAACAAUACAAACCAGAGACCUUUUCGAGUGGAUUGAGCUUGAGCCACAGAACUUCUGGCAUUCCCUGCUUUUCAUGGAUCAGUAUAAUUAUGGUGGAAUUCCGGCCAAAGCUGAUGAUAUCAUACACGAGGAAUCUGAAGUGGAUAUUGUGUCGAGCUGGAAUAUUGCUGAAUACUUACCCAAGAAAAUUCAGGACCAUUUUGUUUUUAUUGUCUCUCAGUUUAUGUAUAUUCCCUGGAGCUAUGCACGAAAGCAAGCUGCAAUAAGAACCUCUUUGCCAGAUGGCAACUCAUGCACCCCAUCGGUAACUGUUACAGCUGCUGAGAGUUUCGAAUCACAUAUGACAGAAUAUCUUAAAGGGCAGAUCAGCUCUUACUUCACAGACAAACUUCUGGGUAUUGUUCGCGAUACCAUUCUUCAUAUGAAGGGGAUGAACAGAACUGAAAAUGACCAGCAUAUAUCUUCCGGGCUCCCACAAGUCACUGAUAAAAUCCACAAAGGGGAUGCUGCGCUCGAGUUCAUUAAGCAUGUCUGUGCUGUUCUGGCCCUAGACCAAAAUGUUCAACAUGAUGUUCUGGUCAUGAGAAAGAAUCUGUUAAAAUAUGUACAUGUGAGAGAGUUUGCUCCAGAAGCUGAGUUUCAUGAUCCUUGCCCAUCCUUCAUCUUACCAAAUGUCAUUUGCAGCUACUGCAACGACUGCAGAGACCUGGACUUAUGCCGUGACUCAGCUUUACUGGCUCAGGAGUGGCGCUGUGCUGUGCCACAAUGUGGCCAGCCUUAUGAUGGUGAGAUCAUGCAGAAUGCUCUUCUUCAAAUCGUACGACAGAGAGAACGUCUCUACCACUUGCAGGAUCUGGUGUGCCUUCGGUGCCAACAGGUGAAAGCUGCACAUUUAGCCGAGCAAUGUGCAUGCGCUGGCUCAUUUAGGUGCAAAGAAGAUUUGAGUGAGUUCCGGAGUAAGAUGCAGGUUUUCUUGAACAUUGCUAUUCAUCAGAAAUUUCAACUUCUCCAAGAGUGUACCUCAUGGAUUUUAGAACUUCGAUAACUGUUCUCCUUUGCUUUUCUAUAUGCUCGUUUAGAUUCGUGACAAAAGAUAACUGAAAUGGCAGAGAUUAAAAUUAUAAUAUUAGGUUUAACCCCACUUUUUCCUUCUGGGUUUCCAGAGGAAGAGGCAGAGAGGGAUGGCUAGAGGAGAUCCUGGUUAAUUUAAUUGUAUAGUGUUUUGGUGUAAUCGUGUAAGAUAUCAGAAAGCUGUACAUGACUUUGAAAUGAUUCAUUCAUCAAUGAAAUAUGUGUACAUGGUGUACAAUCCUUGA